GUCACGUGCCACGGGUCCGGGGGCGGAGCCAAGCCGGGAUUUUCUAGGGUCCAGGCACACAGGUCUCCUAGUUGGCUCUGUCCUUAGCUUCUGCUUGCUACCCCGACUACUGCUGCCAAGAUGAUGUGUGGCGGGCCAUCCGCCACAAUGCCGGCCACGGCCGAGACGCAGGAGAUCGCCGACAAGGUGAAGUCCCAGCUUGAAGAGAAAGAAAAUCAGAAGUUCGGUGUCUUUAAAGCUGUGUCCUUCAAGAGACAGGUAGUGGCCGGCACCAACUUCUUCAUCAAGGUUGAUGUUGGAGAAGAUAAAUACAUGCACUUGAGGGUGUUCCAACCCCUCCCUCAUGAAAACAAGCCUUUGUCCUUGACUUCUUACCAGACCAACAAAGAAAAACAUGAUGAGCUAAGCUACUUCUGAUCCUGCGACCCCUUUGCCAAAUACUUUUCACCCUUUGAACCUGUGUUUGGGACCACGAAGUAAAUACCCCUCUGUGAUGGAGAGGACGGAGUCGAGAAGCUUCUCUGGGGAUUCCCAGACUGCAUUGUAUUUUGUUUCCUUCCAAAUGAUUAUUUUCAGAAGACUCUAUAUGAUCUCUCUAAAUAUAUAUUUUUAGAGACUAUA